AUGACAAAAUUGUGAAAUUUGCGUUGGCAAUUUUAGUAGUUGUAAAUUUCAGCUUUACAGCAUGACAUGCUAUGCAAAGCUCAUUUUAUAUUAAUAUGAUACCUAACACGUCUCAAGAAAUGGAAGAAUCUUACGGAACAUCAUCAUUGCGACGUCGGUACUUGAAAAACUCAACAGGCAAAUUCACUUUCGCAGAGGAAAAGAGAAGUGGCUUUCACUCAGUUGGCCACUUUUUCCGGACUGUGUUUCUUCCUCAAGGUUACCCAGACAGCGUCAGUGAUGACUAUCUUACGUACCAGAUAUGGGACACCAUACAGGCAUUUGCCAGCAGUAUAACGGGCACCCUGGCACACCAAGCUGUGCUGAAAGGCUAUGGUGUUGGAGAUGAGUCCGCCACAAUAUUAGCUGCCACACUCACCUGGCUUCUAAAAGAUGGCGCUGGAAUGAUGGGAAGAAUAUUGUUUGCCUGGAUGCAAGGGACCAAUUUAGACUGCGAUGCUAAAAGGUGGAGAUUGUUUGCAGACAUCAUCAAUGACAUUGCCAUCUGUCUGGAUAUUCUCGGACCACAUUUUCCGGCUAUGUUCACAUUUAUAGUGUGUGUAUCAGGGGUGCUGAAGUCCAUUGUGGGUGUAUCAGGAGGUGCAACACGGGCGGCUUUAACUCAGCACCAGGCCCGCAGAAACAACAUGGCCGAUGUCUCUGCUAAAGAUGGCAGCCAGGAAACUCUGGUGAACUUGGCGGCCCUUCUCUGCAGCUUCAUUCUCGUACCCAUUGUCACUGGACACCAUGUGUUGAUAUGGACCCUCUAUAUUCUGUUUACCUGCCUUCAUCUGUACUCAAACUUCUCGGCUGUACGUUGUGUUGUCAUGGAAACGCUAAACCAGGCCCGUCUCCACAUUUUACUGCAGGAAUAUUUUAAAACAGGAACCAUUCUUUCACCUAGGAUAGUAAACAGCAGGGAACCAGUGCUUUGGAGUACCCGAAGAACUUUAGAUAUUAAAUUAGGUGUUUCCAUCUCAAGUUUAGCCAAAAGAUCCCCAGAUAUGCAACACUUGUUAGAAAUAUUUAAAAAGAGGGGUUACCUAUUAUGGACAGAAAAUAAAGGUUCAGUAAACAUCAGUCUGUCUAGCUCCUCCGGUGAUUUGGAUCAACUGAAGGCUUGCUACCAUGCAGAGCUGCUGAACUUCCUUCGGGAGGGAAAAUCUCUUACAGUGCCUCCAGAUAUAAAGGUUACAGAAGAUAGUACAUUGGAAGCUGAUCUGGCAGGUGAAAAUAACACAUGGAGUUUUGCAGAUGAAACAUUUCCGCGGUUCCUUGAAGACCUUUCAUCACAUGACUGGAACACUGGGGUCCUCUUGUUAGGGGCUGACGAGUGGAGAACUCAUCUAGGGCCAGGGGUUGCCUCCAGACAUGUCAAACAAUUAUGAUAUCUGGUGUAGAUUUACGUUGUCUGAUAAUGGUUUUAUUUUGAUUUUUGCGUUACAUGUAUAUGAAACGUCUUGUAUAGUACAUAUUGUAUAUUUGUAUUCAUAUUUUGAAAAAUACGUACAACCAACAGAAGACGAAAUAAACGCAGUGCAAAAUCCCAA